AUGCUGCUCUUCUGGCUGCUGCUUUUCUCGUGGCUCCUGCUGCCUCAGGACACCCUCGGGGUGCUAAGGACUGACUGCCACAUGGCCAGACCCAUCCAGCUAGAAGAAGACUAUUACAGGCCGGGAGACCUCCUUAUUGGUGGGAUUUUGCCCCACUACAAGACUUCAGCCUCAUUCAGUUUAUUUGAAAGGCUUCCCAGAAAUACCCCAGUUGCACGCCCAGUACCUAAAAACUAUCAGCACAUCCUGGCCUUUGUUUUUGCCAUCAAAGAGAUCAACAAGGAUCCGGCACUCCUCCCCAAUGUCACUCUGGGCUUCCGCAUUUUUGAGGACAUGUACGUUGCAAGAAUGACCUACCAGGCCAGCCUGUCAUUUCUCUCUGCGCGGGGACAAGUGGUCCCUAACUAUAGAUGCAGCCAAGAGGAGAAGCUGCUCUCUGUCAUUGGAAGUCUCUUCUCCAGAAUCUCUGUGCAGAUGGCCUCCCUCUUGGGCAUCUUCAAGAUCCCACAGAUUCACGCCUUUUUGAGGAACACCCAAUUCAACAACAGCGCUGGAGAGGAAGUCGUUCUUGCAGAAAAUGAUGACAAAUCAGCUGGCUACGAUAUUCUGAACUUGAUCUUUUCCCCAAAUCAAUCUUCAGCGCAAGUGAAAGUUGGAAGGAUCGAUCCUCGGGCUCCCCCAGGCCAAGAUUUCAUCCUCAACUCUAAUCAGAUUGUUUGGGCUACCCAGAUGCUGCCCUCUUCCAGGUGUGUGGAGAGCUGCUCGCCAGGGGACAGCAGAAAAAUUCAAGAAGGGAAGUGGGUUUGCUGUUACGAAUGUGUACGUUGUCCAAGAGGGACCAUUUCUAACCACACAGAUGCCGAUCACUGCACCUGGUGUCCAGAAGAUCAACACCCAAACAAGAAUCAAGACCGGUGCAUCUCCAAGAAUGUGAUUUUCCUUUCCUAUCAAGACAGUCUGGGGUUCACUUUAUCUUCUCUUGCUCUUUUGCUCGCUUUGAUGACAGCUCUUGUGCUGGCAGCAUUCCUUAAGCACCGUGACACUCCAGUCGUCAAAGCCAAUAACCGAGACCUCACCUACGUCCUCCUCAGUUCUCUCCUGCUCUGCUUUCUCUGCUCCUUGCUCUUCAUCGGUCGGCCCAGGAAGGUCACCUGCCUUUUGCGACAGACUGCUUUUGGCAUAAUCUUCUCUUUGGCCAUUUCUUCCGUGUUGGCCAAAACAGUCACGGUAGUUCUGGCCUUUAUGGCUACCAGGCCAGGAAACAUGACAAGGAAACUUUUGGGGGGACAGUGGAUCAACUCCAUUGUCCUGACCUGCCCUCUCCUCCAAGGGGUUCUCUGUGCUGUUUGGCUGGCAACCUCUCCUCCAUUCCCAAAUCUGGACUUCCAUUCCUUGGAGGAAGAGAUCAUAGCGGAAUGCAAUGAAGGUUCGGUCACUAUGUUUUACAUCAUCUUAGGCUACAUGGGUUUCCUGGCCCUUGUCAGCUUCACGGUGGCUUUCCUAGCGAGGAAGCUGCCAGACAGCUUUAAUGAAGCCAAGUUUAUCACCUUCAGCAUGCUGGUGUUUUGCAGCGUUUGGGUCUCCUUUGUGCCAACCUACCUGAGCACCAAAGGGAAGUCCAUGGUGGCCGUGGAGAUCUUCUCCAUCUUGGCCUCCGGUGCUGGUCUCCUGGGGUGCAUCUUUUCCCCCAAAUGUUACAUUAUUGUUCUGAGGCCUAAUCUUAAUAGCAAAGAUCACCUCAUAAGGAAAAAUAAUAAAGGAAUCUAA